CUUCGAUAGUUGGCGAGGGUCUAAAAAGGCCACCAAGAAAAGAACCUCAAGCCAUUCCGUAGACUCAUUUUUCAUGCUUUGCUGCAAUCUUCUCGUCUCUCUUUUCCAACACCAAAACCAACCCACAUAUAUCAUCCAUGUCCUCUUUCACUGUUAAGCUUUAAAUUAGCUCAAAGUGAUCUUUUUUCUCUAGCUCUUACUUCCCAUUUUUAAGCAGGAAAAAAAAAAGAUUUGUUGAUACAAAGAUCUGAGCUUUGUCUUUGUUUGAUUUGAGUUUGGCUUUUGCAAUUGCUGUAGUGAGUUACUGAAGCGUUUGUUUUCAUGGGACUUUGCUGUAGCAAUCGAAUCAAGGCUUAUACUCCUUCUAAUACAGGACUGAAUUCAAAAAAUACCAGCAGGGAUGCUAAAAAUUUGAGUGGCUUGAGUAGAAAGUUCUCAUCAGCUUCUAAUUCUAUACCCCAAACUCCUCGAAGUGAAGGUGAGAUCUUGCAGGCAGUAAAUUUAGAGAACAUCAGCUUCAGUGAGUUGAAGACUGCCACUAGAAACUUUCGAACAGAUAGCGUACUAGGAGAAGGAGGCUUUGGAUCAGUUUUCAAAGGGUGGAUUGAUGAGCAUUCACUUACUGCUGCAAAACCUGGUUCUGGCAUGGUGAUUGCUGUGAAGAGGCUUAACCAAGAAGGGUUCCAGGGUCACAGGGAAUGGCUGGCGGAGAUCAACUAUCUUGGGCAAUUGCAACAUCCUAAUCUUGUUAAGUUGAUUGGUUAUUGCUUUGAGGAUGAUCAUCGACUUUUGGUUUAUGAGUUCAUGCCCCGUGGCAGUGUGGAGAAUCAUCUAUUUAGGAGAGGAUCUCACUUCCAGCCACUUUCUUGGAAGAUUCGCAUGAAAGUGGCUCUUGGUGCUGCAAGAGGGCUUGCAUUUCUUCAUAGUGCUGAAACAAAAGUCAUAUAUCGAGAUUUCAAGACUUCUAAUAUACUUCUUGAUUCAAACCACAAUGCAAAGCUUUCUGAUUUUGGUUUAGCCAGGGAUGGACCAACUGGGGAUAAGAGUCAUGUCUCUACUAGAGUCAUGGGAACUCAUGGAUAUGCUGCACCAGAGUAUUUAGCCACAGGCCAUUUGACUACAAAGAGCGAUGUAUACAGCUUUGGAGUUGUACUUCUAGAAAUGUUAUCUGGCCGACGAGCUAUAGACAAGAAUCGGCCAACAGGGCAGCAUAAUCUGGUGGAGUGGGCAAAACCUUACUUGACAAACAAACGCAAAAUUCUCCAUGUGUUGGAUACGCGUCUGGAUGGCCAAUACUCCCUCAGUCGAGCCCAAAAGUUGGCUAACCUUGCACUUAAAUGCUUAGAUGUAGAACCAAAGUUCAGACCAAACAUGGAUGAGGUGGUAAAGGAAUUAGAGCAGCUUCAAGAAUCAAAUAAAAAAGAGAACAAUGUAACUCCUGGGGACAACAAUGGUGGACGGAUUGCACAUCCACGACCUUCUGCAUCACCGCUUCAUGCAUAGGCGUGAGUAAGAUUUUUUGUUGUUAAUAUAAAGGAAUCCUUAGAUGGGAAACAUUUUGAGUUCAGGCAUGUGCUAGAAGCAUGUGCCUAUUUGAGCAGUGUACAGUUUCUGGUUAUGUACUUUGCGUGCGUGUUAGUAUUUAUGCCUCCAUUUUUGGAUUUUUCCUGUUCGCCAUCAGAAUGAUGGAGCACAGAUAGUUAUCUGGAUUACUGCAAUAUUUUGUACUUGAAAACAGCUACAGAAGAGCAAAGUUUUUAUGUGAGUAUAAUUAAGUUUAUUUUGAGCA